AUGAUGAACGGUUCAUAUAGUAAUAAUAAUAACAAUCCUGGUUUUGUUGUACGUCUGCGUGGCUUGCCAUGGAAUACAUUGAAAGGCGAUAUACAAAAUUUCCUUCAAGGUUGUAAGAUUCGUCAGACAUACUUUCCCAUGAACGAUCAAUCACGACCGACUGGUGAAUGUUUCGUAGUAUUAGAGUCACAAGAAGAUGUCGAUAAUGCCAAUAUGUGCCAUCAGAAAACGAUCGGUAGUCGCUAUAUCGAAGUAUUUGAAUCUUCGACCGACGAGAUGAAUCAAGCGCUCAAAACUAACAGUAGUGAACCGAACAAUAGCGAAAACUCUCCAAAUGCGAAUAAUGAGAAUUGGCGUGAGCCAGUCGUUCGUCUACGUGGUUUGCCGUACAAUUCUAGCAAAGAAGAUGUGAUUGGUUUUUUCCGAGGACUCGACAUAGCUCAGAAUGGUGUACACAUCUCCUCGAGCAAACCGGCAGGCGAGGCUUUUGUCGCUUUCGCGAACAUGGACAAUGCCCUACGAGCUAUGGAAUUCAACCGCAUGAAUAUGGGGCAUCGCUAUAUCGAAUUAUUCAAAUCCACCUAUGCCGAAGCUCGUGCCUCCAUCAUGAACGACACACAGUCCACGGCCCGACAGCGUGGUGGCAAUGCCGGUGGUGGUAAUAAUGGACCUAAUCAAAAUUAUGGAGCACAUCGACAAAGCAGCUUUGAAGACAAUCCCGCAGGAAAUGGAUAUAACAAUAACAUGAAUCAAUACAAUGGUCCACCACCAAAUAACUACGGUUCUUAUGGUGGCAAUCAGGGUGCUCAGAAUUACCCGAUGAACAAUCAAAUGGGCGGUGGUGGGAUGAAGCGCACAAUGUCAGUAUCAUUCACAAUGAAAAUACGCGGUGUGCCAUUUGAAGCCGGUGAGAAAGAAGUGUUUGAAUUCUUUAGUCCAGUAGUGCCAAUACGUCUCGAACAAGAAAAUACUCCUCGUGGCAAACCGCCUAUUUGGUACGCUGAAUUCGGUUCACGCGAAGAAGCAACCGAAGCAUUGACAUAUCACAAAAAAUUCAUGGGCACACGAUAUAUUGAAUUGUUACCGUUAUACGAUGAUCUGAAUCGAUCAAAAAUGGCUCGCACUUGA